AUGGAAAAUGGAGAAGAUGAAGAUGAUGAAAAUCUAUCUGAAUCAUCAUUUUAUCAAUUACAAUUACAAACAGUACAAAUGAGAAAUAAAUUAGUGAAUCAACAAUCAGGUAGUCGUGCACCAACAAUGACAAUAGAUGUUGUACGUGUUAAUAGACCAUUAAAAAUUUUAGCUUUAUUAUUAUCAUUAAUUAGUUUAUUAUUAUUUAUUAUCGGAUCAAUAAGUACAUCAUGGAUUCAUAUUGAUUUUAAAUCGAUCGGGUUAUUUCAACAAUGUGGUCGUUUAUUAAAACAAUCAAAUAAUAAUAAUAAUAAUAAAUUCAAUGAAAUUGAACGAAUUUGCCAAUUACGUGAUUUACUGAACGUUAAAGUACUUGUCAUUAUUAUCUUAGAUUUGAGUGCCUUGCUCCUUGCACUACUUGGAAGUUCAUUACUAUUAAGUGGAAUAUUCUUAUUGAAUAUUAAACGUAAAUGUACAUUUUAUCAUAUAUCAAUUGUAUUACAUAUACUUUCAUGUAUCUCCAUAUUAACCGCUUUAAUUCUCUUGGUGAUUAAAUCUAUUAAUGAAGCAAAUCAAAAUUCAUCAUCUGAGAAUAAAUCAACUGUUACAAUUGGUUGGUCAUUGAUUAUUGUUUGUUGUGGAAUCUUUAUACUUGGUAUUGCCGUAUGUCUUGUUUUAUUUGAUAAAGGUGGUGAAGAAAUUGAUUAUCGUGAAACAAUUCAUCGAUCUUCAAAUUAUAUAGGAGAUUCAUAG